CGAUAACGAAUUAAUACAAACCUGCACUACUGUCAGAGCUGCUGGCAACCCUACAGAGGAAGGUGUUAAAGUGGGCAGCGGAAUACCGGAGCAGCUCCUCACCGAAUAUGAGCUCCACACGGAGCGCGCGCGCUAAAACGUGUUAAGAUUAAACCCAGUGAGUUGAACCUGCUCGCGCGCUGUGAUGGAGAGAGGAAAUGGUGAUGAAAGGGAAAUGAUGACUGACAGCACAGGAAGUAGAAGUGCGUUAUGGACUUAAGGUUAAAGGUUUAGAUAUUGUAACCUGGAUGAUGUUUGAAGCAGCUGAACCGCGCGCGCACUUUAUUUUCUCUCUUUUUCUUCUUCUUUCAUUUCCCUAUUUGAUCUCGUGCGCCACCGCCACCUUUUACAAACUUUUUAAAAAGGGUUUCUUUAAGAUUAACUUUUUUUUUUAUUGUUGUGAAAUUCUGUGGAAAAACAAUUAUGAAAUAAAGGCCUUUAUUUAAAAAUGCUCGUGAGAUGGAAACCGAGCCGCGCGGCUCCGGUGGCCGCGCUCGCGCUCCUCAUCAUCGUCGCCUUUGUGCACUCGCGCCUGCGGAACGGAAAAGUGAGCGCGCGCGUGGACAAACCAUCUUCGUCCUCCUCCUCCUCCUCUACCGUGACAGGCGCGCGAGGACAGCGGAGUGUCCGGCUCGAGGACGUGUUCAUCGCGGUAAAGACCACACGACACUUUCACCGAAACCGCCUCGCGCUCCUGCUGGAUACCUGGAUCUCCAAGACCAAAGAGCACACAUAUAUCUUCACAGAUGCCACAGAUAAGGAGAUCAAGUCUAGAGGGUUCAACAUCAUUGCCACCAGUUGUUCACCUGAACACACUCGUGAGGCUCUCUCAUGUAAGAUGGCCGCUGAGUACGAUUACUUCAUGGCUUCUGGGAAACAGUGGAUGUGCCAUGUCGAUGAUGAUAAUUACCUGAAUCCAAGUGCGCUGCUCUCUCUCCUCUCUGAAUUCUCAUUGGACAGAGACGUGUAUGUGGGUAAACCCAGUCUGGAUCGACCAAUCAAAGCCCAGGAGCUGCUGCCUAGCAACAAGACACGUGAGGCGCGGUUCUGGUUCGCUACAGGAGGGGCGGGGUUCUGUCUCAACAGGAAGUUAGCGGAGAAGAUGGCUCCAUGGGCGAGCGGGUCCAGGUUAGAACACACCUCAGCUGUAAUCAGACUUCCUGAUGACUGUGUGAUCGGUUUCAUCGUAGAGAGGCGACUGGGCGUGUCCAUGAUCCACAGCGACCUAUUCCACUCUCACCUGGAGAACCUCUUCCUGCUCACACAUGCACAGAUCCUCAAACAGGUUACUCUGAGUUAUGGCCUGUUUGAGAAUAAAAUGAACAGCGUGGGACUGAAGGGAGGUUUCAGUACAGAGGAGGAUCCAUCCAGGUUUAAAACCCUGCACUGUUUCCUGUACCCGCUGACCAGCUGGUGUCCACAUGCAUGAAAACACUUCAAUUCCCAGAAUCCCCCUGGAGGAACUUUCAUGUAUCCCUGUAUCCAUGUGACCCUGUGUCAACAUGUGCCCCUGUGUUCCUACGUGUCCCUGUUUCACAAUGUCCCUGUGUCACCAUGUGACUGUGUCCCUGUGUUCCCACGUGUCCCUGUGUCACCAUGUGACUGUGUCCCUGUGUCACCAUGUGUCCCUGUGUUCCCAUGUGUCCCUGUUUCGCAAUGUCCCUGUCAGCAUGUGACUGUGUCCCUGUGUAACUGUAUCCUUCUGUCACUGUCACUGUGUCACUGUGUCCAUGUGCCAUUAUGUCAUUACCGAAAAGAAGACGAGACUUUUUGCAACUUUUUUUGCAACUUUUUCUUAUGGAUCUGAACUCCCUCGUUGUCAUGUUCUCAGUCUCGGUGGAUCUGGAGCCCACAUGGAGGUUCUUCAGUAGCUUGAAACGUUCUUGAAUUGUGUCUCACCUUUUCACACUCCUGGCUGGCUCGCCAUCUGUCCCUGACGUGUGAAGUGUUAUAAAUGAACAGCACAUUGUAAGAGGAGGUUGUUUCUUAUUCACAUACCAUAGUAUAUGUUCACAGGAUGAAGCUCUCACACUCCUCAGAAACACUGCACACCUGAACAUGGUGUAUAUCCAUGCCUGAACAUUGAUUUAAUAAGAGCUUCCAAAUGUGAGGUCAGAGGUCAGAGCAUCCCAGGCUUGUAAUCUCAUCCAUGAUUCAUCCUUGAAAUCUUGCAUGUAUCUUCGGUUCUGCUGUCUUCAUGUACGCUAGAAGAACAAGAAAACAUCUCAAAACAAAUGGUUAUUGAUCCCGGAUUAUUCAGACGGAGUGUAAAAGUGCUCUUAGAGAUGGUCCUGGUUCCUUAUUCCUGCUUUAAUUAUAUGAUCUGUUUACAGUCUAGGUCAUAUUUACAUUUAUUAUAGUCUGCUGAAAUGUUCAGUACUCAGACUCCUAACAGAAAGCACUUAAACGAGUGUGUGUGUGUGUGUGUGUGUGUUUACUACAGACAAAAUGGACACUGGAAUAACAAUAAUACCCCUCAAUUAGUUUAAACAGGAACACACACGGGUGUGUAUCCGGUAUAACGCAGCGCGUACAUUACUGCAGUCUGUGUUUUACGUUAUACAGAGACAGAGACAGUGUUUUCAUAAAAUGUCAAUAAAUUAUGCAGGUUUUUUUAAAUUGAAA